AUGAAGCAGACUUGGCAGCCUCCACGAGAAUAUCGCAGUCGACCAGUGACCAUCCUCGGUGCUGGCGUACUUGGCCGUCGACUAGGUUGCAUUUGGGCAUCUGCCGGCUACAGCGUUCGACUUCGGGAUCCUAGUGAGCAGCAACGAGCGGACGCCAUUGCAUACAUCCAACAGAAUGUGCAGUCAUACAGCACGAAGACCGGAUGUGCUCCAGGGUCCUUUGAGGCAUUCGAAGAUAUGAAAGAGGCUGUUGCAGAUGCAUGGCUUAUCAUCGAAGCGGUUCCUGAGAAGAUAGAGUUGAAGAUCGCCACCUUUUCUGAAUUGGAGACCACUGCGCCGGAAGAUUGCAUUUUGGCUUCCAAUUCAUCAUCCUACAAGACCUCCGAGAUGAUCAGCAAGGUCACAGAGAAGACCAAGAAGCGUGUCCUGAACAUGCAUUAUUACAUGCCGCCUCAAUGUAUGAUCGUUGAGCUCAUGACAGAUGGGCACACUUCUCCUGAAAUAUUCCCUUUCAUGGUUGAAAGGUCCCAAGAAGCGGCUACAGUACCCUUUGUUGCGAGGAAGGAAUCAACUGGAUUUAUCUUCAAUCGACUUUGGGCUGCCGUCAAGCGAGAGAUCUUGACUAUCAUUUCUGAGGGUGUUUCAGUUCCUGAAGAGAUCGAUGACAUGUGGCGCGAAAUGUUUAUUAAGGGAGAGACUCUUCCUUGUCGAAUGAUGGAUAACAUUGGGCUAGACACUGUUGCCUUUAUCGAGAGCCACUAUGUGAAAGAGCGCGGACUAUCCGCCGAGAAAACAGUCGACUUCCUGAAAACCCACUACCUGGAUCAAGGCAAACUAGGAAACAAAUGCUCUCUGGGUGGUCUCUACUCUCUAGAUGACAAACCAACUGCCAAAGACCUGUCAAGAGAGCCCGAAAUCUUGGUGCUGGAUGUAGGGCUCUCUGCUUCUACGCCCAACACAUCUGCGGGGCAGAUCCUUAAGGUUACUUCUGACGGAAAGUCCUAUGAAGCAAUUCUGAAAAACCAAGCUCUGCCUGAUGGGUUAGCUGUGGACCGGGCUUCCGGCCGCAUGGUCUGGACUUGCAUGGGAGUUCCUGGAAAGCCUGAUGGGGCUGUGUACUCUGCCAAGCUUGAUGGGUCCGAUAUUAUGACACUGGUUGCUCCAGGCGUUGUGAAUACCCCGAAGCAACUCGCUCUCGACCACCAGGCGCAGAAAGUGUAUUUCAGCGAUCGCGAGGGUUGUCGUGUCUACCGGUGUUCUCUCGAUGGCUCUGAUCUCGAGAUUUUGGUCGACAACAAUUCAAAAGAUCAGGACUCGCAAGAGAAUGUGAGUAACUGGUGUGUGGGAGUUGCUGUUAGCCCUGCACUGGGAAAGUUCUAUUGGACCCAGAAAGGGCCGCCCAAAGGAGGUAAAGGCCGCAUCUUCUGCGCCGAUAUCGCAAUGCCCAAGAGCCAGUCAGUGGAUCUGCACAACAAAACCCGGUGCAUUUUGAGCGACCUCCCUGAGCCAAUUGACCUUGAAGUUGAUGAGGAGACACGCACUCUCUAUUGGACUGAUCGUGGUGAAAUUCCUUGGGGUAAUUCGCUAAACAAGACCAGCCUGGAUGAAGCCGGUCUCCCUUUGUCGGCGGGUUCCUCGGGUACACAUGAGAUUCUCACCAGGGGUUUAAAUGAAGCUAUCGGGUUGAAGCUAGAUGUACCCAACUCGCAUAUCUACCUCACUGAUUUGGGCGGAUCAAUCUACCGGUGCGAUUUGGAUGGCAGCAACAAGCGGAAACUUUUCGCUGAGGAUUAUCGGGCUUUUACGGGAAUUGCUCUCUUGUGA